AUGUCAAGUGGAAGUUUGGCAGAAGGAUUUGAUUUACCAGGCAGUGAUAUCGAUAUAAUGUACAUAGAUCGUAAUGUAGAAGUUAUAAGGAAUGUAAAGGAUAUCAAAUAUCCAAUACAGAGUGCAACAUAUGUUAUGGAGACAUAUAUUACUCAUCCUGGAUUUACUAUACUCAAAUGUAUCAAACACAACAAUGGGGAACUUCUUGUUGAACCAUGUCCCUGUCAUCCUUGGUCAUGUCCCGUACCUAUAGGACCUAAGACUGUAUCGGAUGGUCACUUCCUAUGGAGAAUAUCCUUCUCUGUGGCCGAAAAAGUACUUGUACAUUCGUUUAAUUUCACCCAACUUCUAUGUUACGGUCUACUCAAAUUAACAUUAAAGCAUAUUAUUAACAUAAACGAUGAAGUCAAAGAAUUAUUGUGUUCUUACUUUCUAAAGACGGCUUUAUUCUGGGUUUCAGAGGAAGAAAUGAUAAAUUGUACAGCAUCAACAGAUAUUUCAAGCUAUUAUAAAAGACUUGCAAUGACUAAAUCUUUAAUUAAGUCCGAAUCAUCUACAUUUCUCAUUGAUUUAUGUAAAUAUUAUUAUUUCAAAACUAGCCAAUAUUUAGCACAGCUUCUUCCACCGCCAAACACAAUAGGUAAUAAUUACAACAUACGCAAAUGUUAUAAUAUCCAUUUACAGGACUGCAUUAAAACAGAUGCUGUGUCGGGUUGGUUGUUAUACGCGUCGUUUUAUUAUGUAACAGGAAAGUUCAGUGUAACACUCAUACUAACGGAUUAUGUUCUCUCAAGAUGUUCACCUGAUAUGGUGUUUGGUUGCAGUGAACCCCUUUGUAAACUUAGAAAUAUUUACAGACAAAAUGUAAAUUCUACAAUGACAUUAAAUGAAAAGAUGAAAGUAGCUAUUAUAAGUAGGGUUAUGUACUGUAAGCACUCAUCAUUAAUACCAGAAGAGCUACAGCUGGAGGUUGAACGCAGCUUCAUUUUUUAUCCUCCAGUUGUAAUGUCUCACUGCCUGAGAUUUCUAUGCUAUCAUCAUCUUGGUGAUAUUUUCAACAGACAACAGGCUUUACGUGAUUUAUUUUUAACAGUGAAAGAACAAUAUUUGAUUCCAUUUGAUUCAUUAUCUGAUUCAUUAACAAUACUAGGCGUAUGUUAUGAGAUAUUAGGUGACAAAGACACAGCACAUCAGUGCUAUGAUGGAGCUUUGCAUUGUGAUGGUUAUAAAUCUUUAACAGCAGAAAAAAGAAAAUCAAAACUGGAUGGCAACUUACGUGAAAUUUGCUCGUUGUAAUGUCAGUUUGUACUUUACUAUAUCGGGAUUGUUACCUUAUCAUUAAUUAACACUAUUAUGUUGGUGAUACUGACAACAUACAGCUAACAUUACAUUAGUUUUUCAUAUUUUGUGUCAGUCAAUGAAGUACUUUUUUAUAUAACUUUUUUUCAUUAUAUAUCAGUUGGUGAGGACAUAAUAUGGUAGGAAAACUUCUUUCUUUUUCACAGUGUUCAGUGUUAUUUGAACAAUCAUAAUA